UUUGUGCAAGUAGUAACUAAUACAACUAUUAGAUUCCAAUAUUUUCUCAAUGGAAUCACAGUCCUCAAAACUUAACCAUUAUCGUCAUCUUCUUCGUCAUCUUUCUCUUCUCGCCACAUACAUACAUAAUAAUAAUAUAGAUAGAGAAAAUUAUCAUUUUCAUCACGCGAAAUUUCUUCAAUGUCGGAACCGGAACAAGACAUGAAUAACACUCAGCUUUUCCGUUCAAAGCCGAAGGACUCGUCACAGCCGUUGAUGAUGGAUCUGGAUUUGGAUCUGGAUGCUUCCUGGUCGUUCGAUCAGAUCUUCGCUGCGGCUUCGAAUCCUAUGUCGCCGUUUCUCGUAUCGAAUAUUAAUACUAAUUCUGAGCAGCCUACUUCUCCACUUUGGGCUUUUUCUGAUGAUAAGACUACCGGAAAUGCUCUCUCAGGCGAUACUCUAAAGCUCUCCAGCUAUCCUAGAUUUCUCACUUAUACCAGUGAUCAUGAGGCUGCACGUGAAACUCUGUCUGUCACUGACGAUAAGAAAAUACUUCCUCCACCAAUUAUGGAAUUAACCCCUUUAGAUUAUCGGGAGGGGUCUUGCAUAAUCAAGGAGCGGAUGACACAGGCACUUCGAUACUUGAAGGAAUCAACCGGAGAACGAGUGUUAGCUCAGGUCUGGGCACCUGUUAAGAAUGGCGGUCGUUAUGUGCUUACAACUUCAGGGCAGCCCUUUGUUCUUGACCCGGACUGUAAUGGGCUUCAUCAAUACCGAAUGAUUUCUUUGAUGUAUAUGUUUUCUGUGGAUGGGGAGACUGAUGGAGUUCUAGGACUUCCUGGCCGUGUCUACCGGAAAAAGUUGCCAGAAUGGACUCCAAAUGUGCAGUAUUAUUCCAGUAAAGAGUUCCCUCGUCUUAGUCACGCCCUGCAUUACAAUGUUCGAGGAACUUUGGCUUUGCCAGUAUUUGAACCAUCUGGUCAGUCUUGUGUUGGUGUACUGGAGCUCAUAAUGACUUCCCAGAAAAUCAACUAUGCUCCUGAAGUUGAUAAAGUAUGCAAAGCACUUGAGGCAGUGAAUCUGAAAAGUUCAGAGAUAUUGGACUACCCAAACCAUCAGAUCUGCAAUGAAGGUCGGCAGAAUGCAUUGGUUGAAAUCUUGGAGAUACUAACAGCUGUAUGUGAAACUUAUAAAUUGCCUCUGGCUCAGACAUGGGUUCCAUGCAGGCAUCGCAGUGUUCUGGCUGAUGGUGGUGGGUUUAAAAAGAGCUGUAGCAGCUUUGAUGGAAGCUGCAUGGGACAAGUCUGUAUGUCCACGACAGAUGUAGCAUUUUAUGUGGUUGAUGCUCACAUGUGGGGUUUUCGCGAUGCCUGUGCCGAGCAUCACUUACAAAAGGGACAGGGAGUUGCUGGAAGGGCUUAUGCUUCUCAAAAAUCAUGUUUUUGUGAAGAUAUAGGGCAGUUUUGCAAAACGGAGUACCCCUUGGUGCACUAUGCACGUUUGUUUGGGUUGUCUCGCUGUUUUGCAAUCUGCUUACGGAGCACUCACACUGGCAAUGAUGAUUAUAUUUUAGAGUUUUUUCUGCCACCAAGUGAUGGAGACUACAGUGACCAGCUGGCUUUGCUGAACUCGCUCUUAUUGACGAUGAAGCAGCAUUUUAGGAGUCUUAGCGUUGCUUCCGGAGAGGAACUUGAGAACGACUGGGGUUCAGUUGAGAUUAUCAAAGCAUCCACGGAAGAGAAACUUGGUUUGAGGUUUGAAUCUGUGGCAACCACCAAAUCUCUUCCUCAGCCUGCUAGUGUAGCAAAUGGAAGGACGCAUCCUGAUCUAAUGGAAGAGCAGCAGUCUCCUGUGGCAAAACGUGCAGAAGGCGUAAAUGGUACAGCUGAAGCCCACAAUCAUGCUUCUUUCACUGAGAAUAAGCAGACUGGUAAGAAAUCAGAAAGAAAACGUGGAAAAGCUGAGAAAACAAUAAGCUUAGAGGUUUUGCAACAGUAUUUUGCUGGAAGUCUUAAGGAUGCUGCAAAGAGUCUUGGUGUUUGUCCAACUACAAUGAAGCGCAUUUGCAGGCAGCAUGGAAUCUCCAGAUGGCCAUCUCGCAAGAUAAACAAGGUUAACCGGUCCCUUUCAAAGCUAAAACGUGUAAUUGAAUCUGUUCAAGGAGCUGAUGGAUCAUUCAGUCUGACUUCACUUGCACCAAAUUCACUUCCUGUUGCUGUUGGUUCUAUUUCUUGGCCUGCAGGCAUGACUGGUUCGCCGGGUAAAGCUUCUGAGUACCAUGAAGAGAAGAAUGAGUUCUCCAACUGCGGAACACCAGGAAGUCACGAAGAAGCUGAACCCUCGAAUCAAAUGCUUGGAAGCAGGAUUAUUGGGAACGGCGAGCUCUCUCCAAAGCAGAAUGGUUUUGUGCGUGAAGGGUCACAUAGGUCCAGAACCGGUAGCUUCUCGAGAGAAGAGAGCACAGGGACACCUACCUCCCAUGGAUCAUGCCAAGGCAGUCCUCCUGCAAAUGAGUCCUCCCCCCAGAAUGAGCUGGUCAAUUCACCUACACAUGAGUCGUUCAUGAAAGUGGAAGGCUCUUUGGAACCAGCUCGUCAGACCACAGGAGAAAUAAAUUUAUCCACUGCAUUCCUAAUGCCUGGGCUUUAUAUUCCAGAACACACCCAGCAACAAUUUAGGGGAAUGCUAGUUGAGGAUGCAGGCAGCUCACAUGAUCUGAGUAAUCUUUGUCCGGCUGGAGAUGCUAUCUUCGAUGAACGUGUCCCGGAAUACAGUUGGACAAAUCCACCAUGUUCUAACGGAAUUACUAAACAUCAGGCUCCUCUUCCUGCUGAGAAGAUGCCACAGUUUUCUAUGAGGCCCGAAGUAACUUCCGUUACGAUAAAAGCAACAUAUAGGGAAGACAUCAUAAGAUUCCGACUUUGUUUGAGUUCUGGUAUAUUUAAGUUGAGGGAGGAAGUAGCCAAGAGGCUGAAGUUAGAGGUGGGAACUUUUGAUAUCAAGUACCUUGAUGAUGACCACGAGUGGGUUUUGAUCGCGUGUGAUGCAGAUUUGCAGGAAUGUGUCGAUGUCUCAAGAUCAUCAGGCAGCAAUGUAGUAAGGUUGUUAGUUCAUGAUAUAAUGCCCAACCUUGGGAGCUCUUGUGAGAGCUCAGGUGAAUGAUUAGAAUUUAGGUUGUAAAUAUAUAAAACUAGUAAAACCAUUCUUGUAGUGGUAGAGUUUUGUCUUUGUGGAGUGUAGGUUUUGGUAAUGGCAGCUCCUUUUGUAAUUGUAGAAGAUUGUCUUUUCAAUUGUGUUCUUCUUGUAAGCCUAAGGAAAUAAGUUUUUGCUUUUGUUGGUGUAA